AUGUCAAAUACCGAUAAAGAGACAACCGCCUUCGAGAGCGUCUUUUCAUCGCCCCCGUUCCGAUUCUCCGUAGGGCCCAAUGGAAGAGAGUUUUUCAUCCAUUCUGCUGUCAUCGCCAGCCAAUCUCAGCCACUGUAUAACCUGGUCCAUGGCGAUUUUAGCGAAGCCAAAGCGAACCAUGCCGUCCUAGAUACGGUCGAUGAGUUGACUUUUGUGCUGUUCUGCGAAUAUGCGUACACUGGCAAUUAUGGAGUGAAGACCGACCAGCCCCCGCCGCUUCCAUCGCCGGCUGCUCCUCCCGUAAUCGCAUUUUGGGCCCAAGAGAUAGAGAAACCGGCAGAGGAACCGGUAGAGUACCUGCCAGAGGAGCCGGCAGCGUACCUGUUAGAGGUACCGGUAGCGCCAGAGGAACCGGUAGCGUACCUGCCAGAGGAACCGGACGAGAUCGCCGUUAUUCCACGUACAACCAAAAAAUCCAAAAAGGGAAAGAAAGGCAAAAAUUUGGACGACGUCGAGAAACCCGACGAUUGUCAGUUUGCACCAGCAGCUUGGCGGAAACGGGAUUCUAUGUGGGCCAAAUUCAAGGGCAAGACAUAUGUCGGCAGCGAUGUCGAUCUCAACCUGCCACCUUACAAGGAGACAGAAUUCAAUGGGCUCAAAAACUUCCUCCUUGUCCACACAAAGGUGUAUCUCCUUGCUGAUUGCUAUAUGAUUUCGAACCUCGCUUCGCUUUCAAUCCAUCGGCUACACCAGUGUCUUUGCGUAUACGACGUACGAGAGGACACCCUUGAAGAUAUAGUGGAGCUUCUGCGAUUCACAUUUGAGGAGGAAACUCCCGAUCUACUGCGACAACUAGUAUCCUUAUUCACCGCCUGCUAUAUUGAGAAAUUAUGGCCGCAUAAGGGCUUUAAGGAUCUGCUGAGAACUUAUGAGGAUUUGUUCGAGCGCGUCAUCGGCUCAACCUUGGACCGGUUGGAUUGA